GAUAACUUUUAGUCGAUGUUAUUUACGGACAUGAUAAAAGCACACUGCUUCUUGCGCUGGCCUACUUUACUUCAUAAAGAGGAGAUACUGACAGCACGGCCAUCAGCCCCGCAACUACAAGAAAUACAAUAUAACAGGGACCCAGACACUGUUGUGACCAUCGUCAACCCUGUGGAGCAUCCCAGAGACUAUGUGGUAUGGUCCAUCUGCAGCUUCUUCCACGCAAACCCCUUUUGCCUCGGAAUGGCGGCGCUGAUCUUCUCAAUCAAGACGGACCAGGGUAUCAAGAACUUGACCGUGGAAGAGGCCGACCGGCUGGCCGCCUCCAACCCCGACUACGCCAUCGGAGACCUCUUCAACGCCAUCGCCAACGGAAACUUCCCUUCCUGGAGCUUCUUCUCCCAGGUCAUGACCUUUGAGCAGGCCGUGAAGUUCAGGUUCAACCCCUUCGAUCUGACCAAGGUGUGGUCCCAUAAAGAAUACCCACUGAUCCCGGUGGGCAAACUGGUGCUGAACAGGAACCCCACCAACUACUUUGCCGAGGUGGAGCAGCUGGCCUUUGACCCCAGCAACAUGCCCCCAGGGGUGGAGCCCAGCCCGGACAAGAUGCUGCAGGGCCGCCUGUUCUCGUACCCGGACACCCACCGGCACCGCCUGGGGGCCAACUACCUUCAGAUCCCCGUCAACUGUCCCUACAAGACCCGCGUGUCCAACUACCAAAGGGACGGCCCCAUGUGCAUGUCCGAUAACCAGGGCGGAGCUCCAAACUACUUCCCCAACAGCUUCAGUGCCCCUGACUGCCAGCCUUGCUUCCUGGAGUCAAAGUUCAAGGUGUCCCCAGACGUAACGCGCUACGAAAGCUGCAACGAUGACAAUUACACGCAGGCGGGGACCUUCUACAGCGAGGUUCUGAGUGAGGAGGAGCGACGGAGACUUUGUCAGAACCUGGCCGGAGCCCUCAAGGGAGCCCAGGUCUUCAUCCAGGAACGCAUGGUACAGCACCUGAUGGCUAUCCAUCCCGACUACGGAAAGCAGGUCCAGAGCCUGCUCACCAAGCACAAUGCCGAGGCUCAGAAGAACUCCAAUGUGCACGUCUACACCCGCCCUACAGCCAUUCAGGGGUGGACUGGCCAUCUGGCAUACCGGGCAUCGUCCCGGUGGGCCGUUUUCCUCACCUGCUAA